AUGGCUAUCUUAAAACCACCUGAAGGCGUGAACAAGCUCCCAGUGGAAACACAGGUGGAACGUGUCACAUGCUUUACACUUCUGGUUUAUGAUCUACUGACUACCUUCGGAGAGGAGGUUGAAUAUUUCUGGUCCGGUCCAUGGAGUUUAUCCCGGGUUUUGUUUUUCUUGAACCGAUACCUUCCACUUGUCGCCAUGAUGGGUUGUCCUGACAUUUAUCUGGUUUCGGACAUCGAAGACCAACGAAUGUUGCUCUGUUUGGGGCCGGGAUACCAGCUCAGGUGCACUCAUUGGAUCCGCGCUGCAUUUGAACUUUCCAUAAUCGCAAUCUGCGUCAACCAAGGAAUUCUCCUCCUCCGUGUGUGGUACAUGUACUCUCAUAGUGCCAUUGCGCGAACGGUUGCAUGUUUCAGCUAUGCAGCAUGCGUUGUAUCAUCCCUCACAAUGAUGGGCUUGAGCCUUCCAUUCCUGCAGUCAACCACGGAAUCUCUGCAGCUUCAGCGGCAGAUAACAACCAUUCCAGGAUGUUCUGCGCCUUCACCAUCGAUAAUAUGGACAGUUUUCGUUCCAAGUACCAUCAUCCACAUGAUCUUGUUUGGAUUCACGAUCACACGAAUUAUGAAGGUCUCUCGUGACUUGCGGAUGGAUCAAUUGAUGCAACGUUUGGUACGAGAUGGUGGCCUUGUCUUCUUCGUCUCGAUGGUCGGUGCUCGUUUGACCAAAGAUCCUGUCCUAGCGAUCAGCGCAGUUGCAGUAUCUCGGCUUAUGCUCAGCAUACACUCCCUCGCUGGGAAGUUGAAAAUCGAUCAAAAUUGGUUAUUCAACCCGUCUGAGCUCAGUAGGGUAAGGUGGUGGGCCGUCUCUAGUGAUUAUGGCCGGAGCAUUGUAGUCGAGAUGGACACACAUGAACCAGUAGCACAAAAGGAACAUGGUCAAAUAGCCAGGGACACUAAGCGAGGAGUAAUAGUUAGUGAUGUCCCUACUGUGAUAUGCUGGAAAGCGUGCUGGAGGAACAGAGAACUAAGGGCCGUGGCUAAGCCAGGGUGA